AUGGGCCCACACCUGAUUAAUACUUUCAUGUAUGAAGUGGUACCAGCAAGAACAACUGGGAGAAACACAUUCUCUGCGAACAAUCCUGCGCUGGGUGGGAGAGAUGAAGGGUUGGCUAUCAUGUCUCUAGCUCCAGAAACCCAGGAUGAUAGCCUUGAUCUGACAUACCUCAAGGAAGCAGCAUUGGGAAUCAGUGAUGAACAUUGCUGGGCACCCCCAGGCGCCGGGGGAACAACUGAUGCCCAUGGAGGUCUAUCAGCUGCAGCGCAAAAACAUGGGAAAUUACAAAUUGAUGUCAUUGUCGCCACGGAGAUGGUCUCUAACCCACAAAGCCCCGAUCCAGAUGGACUUCCUCUGUUCUCCUACCAACAAAAUGCCGACACGGAUACAAGUAGACUGUCCUCUUCACACGCUGAAGCUUGGAACGCAGGUCCUAGGUUCCUACCGCCAACAAUGACUUCUACAGAUAGCCUACCUGGGGAUACUCAGGUAGUCUCGCAGUCUGUGUAUGAUAACAUCUUAAAGCAACGCAAGGUCGAAGGCGAACUAUCGAUUCCUGACACUUCAUGUGGACUUGCAAACGCAGAUGGUGGUAUCACGCAAAAAACUCUCGGCGAAGGAGAUACGGGGCAUCUAGACCUACUAGUGGAUUUGGACGAAGACUUGUAUAGCAAGUUCGUCGAAGAUGGGCAUACAUCUGGAGCCGAUGACGAACCCUCCUCCCCAACUCAUUAUCAGCCAUUUCCAGAGUCUCAACGCUUCAUUGGUUCCAGCCCUCGGAGAAUUGGGGCCCAUGAUGCUGACGCCAGAACUCCCACUCCAGCCUUGAAACACAAUCCGUUUCUAGCUGAAAGUAAGACACCAGGAUCUGUGAUGGCCCUGAGCCAGCUGUUUAAUGCCACGCAAGCUUCAUCCUCUCCAUUAGCGAACGUCCCUCGGCCAGAGUUAUCCUCGGAUAUGCCUUCCCCUAAUUUCCCUGUUCGAAGCCGGCAGACAGCUACGUCUCUCUUUUCGCCACUCCAAACUACCUCGCCAGCUUCUGGGUCCGGCUGUGUUGAGCCACAGGACGUUUAUAUCUCUGUAAAAGAAUCUCAAGAAGCGCGUGCAAAACUAGUCGACCAGCAGGAAUCGCUUUCGAAAUCUAAUUAUGCGUCAGAUAAUCUCAGUGAUGACGGUUUUUUCGCCAACGACGAAUCGCUUCAACGUCGACUACGCGAGAAGGAAGCCGAGAAUGAACUCAGAAAGCAGUUUGAAUGUGUUACGGCUCCAUCAAGGCCGAAUUCCCGCAGAGCUCGCCAAAAAGUGGCUGGGACCUCGUUACCGAAAAGCUCUCCGCACGUCCGGUCCGAAAGCAUCUCGUUACCUGUGGCGGAUAAAAGCGCGGACAGGGCUCCUCAGACAGGGAUUGGGCCGGAGAGUGAACUGGAGACCGAACAAGAAGAUGAAACCAUUGGCUCUCGAGACCCUAACCCUUCCACAGUUAAUGGAGAUGAUGAUAAAGAAAACGUUGAUAAUCGACCCGUUCGACUCUCCAACCCAACUGCUCUCGCACAUGAUGCACUCUCACAGGUGCUAGAUGUUGAGGAAUGCCUUUCCACCCCUCGACCAAAUUCAACUCAUCUCUCGGAGCCCCUGACCUAUCAGUCCCAGCCGUUAAGCUCCCUUAAUAGAGCAAGCGCAGCCAAUGAAAGUGACGAUUCACAUCAUGAAAUGGUGCUAAACUCCCAAUCAUCUACAGGAGAUGCCGAGAGCACUCAACUCAAGCCCGGUUCUGGGAGAGACGAUGCUGAAUCAUGUGACCAGCCUUUGGAUACCAUAAUUUUGGGCCAAAAUCCAAUGGGUUCCAAUCCUCACACACGGUCGUCACCAGAGCCCCUUGCCACGGCGGUUGGAGGAUCAUUAGGUCCUGACAAGGAAUCAAUGCGGCCCCCUGCACCAGUUACCGAGGUUCUUGCAUCUUUUUCCUCUGCAUCAAAACUUCGAUCUCCGGCAGGACCUGUGGACUGUUCCGAAGACGUCGCUAUUCCUGAGAGUGGAGUUCUUGGACGCAGCGGCCAAGCCGAAGCUCACCGUGACACCAUCAAUCCCAAAGAUGACAAUAUGAACGAGGACACAAUUAUGGUAUCGUUUGUUUACGAUACCCCUACCCCACGUCCUGCCGAGACUCAAUGUUUCCAGCGCACUAUACCGGAAACUAGCCCAGAUGAUCAAAGGAUGCCCUCCUCAACCCUUUUAAGCGAUCCCUCUAAAUCUAAGGAUAGUCACGAGCUACCUGAAAGUGACGAUUUACCUGCAAUGUCCCAUAUCAAUACUCAAAACGUUAGAGAUCCCGGAUCAGCAGGUUGGCUCCGAAGGAACAUUUCGAAUCGGCUUCCUUCUAUUCUUUCAAGUCCAAGCGGCCGUCAGCGCCGGUCCAUGACAGACAUUGCCUCUGACCAGUCUCCACUACGGGCAACGCCUCAAAUUCAAUUUGAUGACAUCAGCCUGAUGACCACAGACGACAAAACAUUCCAGGAAAUAAUUUCAGAGUCGGAUGGUCAUGCAGCGAAAAAAAGAAAGUCUAAUAGUGGCAGAGGGGUUUAUGCUUCUUCCAAACUCACUUUGCCUCGGUUUCAUAGCCACAAAAGUCUAUAUGAGACGGCAUCCGACCCUCUAGAUGGGCCAGGAAGCGAGCGCAUCGGUGGGACAGGUACCCUUAGUUCUAUUAAUUCUGCGACUCUACGUACUCGAAAGAAGACUAACCCAGUAUCGAAAAGCAUUUGGGAGGUGGAUGAUUCGCCUCAGAGAAAGGUGCAGGGCUGUGUGCCCCACCGAAACCCGCCAAAAAUCAAAAAGCCAUCAAUUACCAAAGGCCUAAAAGGUGGGAAGAAGGGCUAUUCAGUUGCAGAAGCCGUCGUCAUCUAUACUCAGUCAAGCUCUUCGCCGGUCCCAACAGAAAGGAUCUCGUCCGAUCCUCCAGUCCGCGAGGAGACUCCGCCCCAAGAAUGCGCUGACGCGACGGCAAAUCCUUCCAUCAAGAAAUUUGAUUUUUCAAAUCAAAUUUUUGCUUUUUUUAACGGACAGCCGCAUGGCUAUUAUCCGGCUACUUGUGUUGGUGUAUCCAAUGAUGUUGGUCGUCAACGUUAUCUGGUUUUGUUUGAGGAUUCAGAGACACCAGAAGAGCUGGAUAUGUCCAGCGUGAAGAAACUCGAGCUGAAUGUGAAUGAUACCGUCAAAGUAUUUUCACUGGACCUGCCAAAAAUACCUUAUCGGGUCGUUGAAUUGACCGAUAAGCUUGCCCCAAAUGCUCCAUGCACUCCUGGAAGUCCGCCUCCUCUAACUGAUAUACAUGGACAUGCAUCGGUGGUUCUGGCGCCAAAACAAGAACAAAAAUCGCUCGGUAGACGACAGAAUGUUACUGUACCAAUCUCUAGAAUAUACCUGGACAAGAACCUCUGGUCGAGACUGGGAGUAAGGCCAUAUUCAUUUAUAUCUCCGAGUAACUUGACGUCGAGACUGCAAACUCCAAUGGAUUGUGGUGAAACCAGCUUUGCUCCCAGUGCUGCCCGCACCCCACACAAAGAGACCUCGGGAGUGGGAAUUUUCAGUGGUAUGGCAUUCGCCAUUUCAUAUACUCAUAAUGGAAAGGAAUUAUCUCGCUUGGAGCGCUUGAUUCUAAGAAAUGGAGGUCGAAUAUUGAGGGACGGGUUUGAUGAACUCUUUCAUCUCCCAUUCUCGUCUUCCGCGGCGGACGAAAAGACGCACGACCUGGUUCUGACAUCUCAAGCUGAGCAGCUCGGGUUUGUCUGUCUGAUCACUGAUAAUUAUUCCCGACGUCCCAAAUAUCUGCAAGCACUUGCACUCAACCUACCUUGUUUAUCAGGUCGAUGGGUUGAUCACUGUAUCUCUGACAACACAAUCAUUAACUGGGAACCGUAUUUGCUUGCUGCAGGUCCAUCCAUGGUCCUUCAAAAGGCCGUGAAGUCUAGAAUCCUUUCUCCUUACCCUGCAUCCACAGCACGUCUGAGUCACACUAUCCAACGACGUCCCAGGCCUCUCACUGGACAACAUGUGUUGAUCAUCACGAACAGCAGGCAUUCAGCAGAAAGGAACCCAUAUGCCUUUUUUACGUAUGCACUAGGUCCCAAUAAGGUUACCCAUAUCCCGGAUGUGCAGGGAGCCAUUGACCUGUUGAGUCAGGACGCUUGUUCACCAACAAACCGGGAACAGGAUACUUUGUCUGACUGUGUCUGGAUAUAUGCCGGAGAUGAAGAGUCGGCUAAAGCAGCGCGCAAGCUGCUCCUAUAUACGUCCGGAUCAGCGGCACCCAGGCCUGCAGGAGCUCGAGGCCGUGGCCGUCCUCCAAAGAAGCGAAAAAAGGCUUCGGAUUUGGGGGAUGAUAAUGAACAUCACGAUAUUGAUGAGUUUCGGAUCAGCGGAAGGAAGGUGAGGGUUUUGGAUCAUGAAUAUAUUUGUCAAGUUUUGAUUUUUGGGAAUUUGUUUGAUGGGUGGGCGGAAAUACAGCAGGAGUGUCACCAGUAA